CCUCUGUUGUUGUGUUUGAUGACAGACGCACCAGAAGGUUUCACUGUCAGAGAGAGAUAAAAAGAAAAAGAAAAAGGCGAGCCCGUGCGCUGCUGUCCAAGAAACCCCAUCGAUACGACCAAACUCACAGCGUGAGCACUGCCGCCAUUUUAGAUCUUCCUCCAGAGCGAAACGGCAGAGGUUAGUCUGCGCCGGGAAGAUUGUCACCUUUUCCUUCUUUUUAUACCCUUCCUUCUGAAACACAUACCACACAACUUGCAGAGCAAUUGGCAGAUUUCUGGAGACAUGGCCACAGAACAUGUUAAUGGAAAUGGUACUGAAGAACCAAUGGACAACCCUGCAGUUACCCAUUCUGAACACUUCCAGACUUUAUUAGAAGCUGGUUUACCACAGAAAGUUGCUGAAAAACUAGAUGAAAUUUACAUAGCAGGGCUGGUAGCUCAUAGUGACCUAGAUGAAAGAGCAAUUGAGGCCUUGAAAGAGUUUAAUGAAGAAGGUGCUCUGCAAGUACUACAGCAGUUCAAGGACAGUGAUCUAUCACAUGUUCAAAACAAAAGUGCCUUCCUGUGUGGAGUAAUGAAGACCUACAGACAGAGGGAGAAACAUGGGACCAAAGUGUCAGAAUCCAGUAAAGGACCAGAUGAAGCAAAAAUAAAAGAACUUUUGGAAAGAACAAGCUAUACACUUGAUGUGACUACAGGACAGAGGAAAUAUGGUGGUCCCCCACCAGAGUCUGUGCAUUCAGGAAUGCAGCCUACUGUUGGCACAGAGAUUUUUGUGGGCAAAAUUCCAAGAGACUUGUUUGAAGAUGAACUUGUUCCACUGUUUGAGAAGGCUGGGCCCAUUUGGGACCUGCGUCUCAUGAUGGAUCCCCUAAGUGGCCUGAACAGGGGUUAUGCCUUUGUCACUUUCUGCACGAAAGAAGCCGCUCAGGAGGCUGUUAAACUGUGUAAUAACCAUGAAAUUCGCCCAGGAAAACACAUUGGUGUGUGCAUCUCUGUAGCCAAUAACAGACUGUUUGUCGGCUCUAUACCCAAGAGUAAAACAAAGGAACAAAUUAUAGAAGAAUUUGGCAAAGUCACAGAGGGUCUUACAGAUGUUAUACUGUACCAUCAGCCAGAUGACAAAAAAAAGAACAGGGGGUUUUGCUUCUUGGAAUAUGAAGAUCAUAAAACUGCUGCCCAGGCAAGACGCCGGUUAAUAAGCGGAAAAGUAAAAGUCUGGGGCAACGUUGUAACUGUUGAAUGGGCUGACCCAAUUGAAGAUCCUGAUCCGGAGGUUAUGGCUAAGGUAAAGGUUUUGUUUGUGCGAAACCUUGCAAGUACGGUAACAGAAGAAAUACUGGAAAAGACAUUUGGUCAGUAUGGCAAGUUGGAACGUGUAAAGAAACUGAAAGACUACGCUUUCAUUCACUUUGAUGAACGAGAUGGUGCUGUAAAGGCUUUAGAUCAAAUGAAUGGAAAAGAUUUGGAAGGAGAACGUAUCCAAAUUGUUUUUGCUAAGCCACCAGACCAGAAGAGGAAAGAACGCAAAGCUCAGAGACAAGCUGCUAAAACUCAAAUGUAUGAUGAUUACUAUUAUUAUGGUCCCCCUCACAUGCCACCUCCCACGAGAGGCAGAGGUCGUGGAGGAGGUAGAGGAGGCUAUGCUUACCCUCCUGAUUACUACGCCUAUGAAGAUUAUGAUUACUACUAUGGCUAUGAUUACCACAAUUACCGCGGUGGAUACGAAGACCCUUACUAUGGCUAUGAAGAUUUUCAGGGAGCUGGUAGAGGAAGAGGGGGUAGAGGAUCAAGGGGCUCUUCCCUAGCCAGAGGCCGCGGAGCUGGUGCUCCUCGGGGCAGGGUUGGCUUCUCCCCGCGUGGUGGUCCUGGAUCAGCAAGAGGCGCCCGUGGUACCAGAGGAGGCCCUCAACAAAGAGGCCGCGGGGUACGUGGUGCGAGGGGUGGCCGCGGUGGAAAUGUAGGAGGAAAGCGCAAAGCUGAUGGGUACAACCAGCCAGAUUCCAAGCGGCGCCAGACCAAUAAUCAGAACUGGGGCUCUCAACCCAUUGCUCAGCAACCGCUACAAGGUGGUGAUCAUUCUGCAGGGAAAAGGGGUCGAGGCCGGUCCUGACCUGUUACUAUGAAGACUGACUUGCUAUGUGGGGUUACACCAGAAGCUGCCAAUGGAUGUGAUGGUAAGGUCAACUCUAUGGUCCAAUGAUAUUCCAGCCUUAUAGAAGCACAUCUCCCAGACUGCCACCUAAAGAUCACAAACAGAUUCAAGAGAUGGAGUUAAUGCUUGGAUGUUUGCUUUGUUCUGGUAAUGUAUAGGGAUAAAAGCAUUGCAUUUAACGAGUUUGCCACCCCUUAAAGUACCCAAUAUAAUUUAGUAAGGACCGUAAUAAAGCUGGUCAGGCUUUUUAAAGGAGAAUAUCUUCCUGAAAUGUCAGCUGUAUUUUGCACUUGUAAAUUUGUCUUGGUUUGAAGUGGCUCAAAGGAGCUUGAUACUGUCUAUAAUUUUGUAAUUGUGAUAACUGCGGCUUUUAUGUUGGAAUGUCCAUGUUACCUGAAUUGUCUGUUGGAUAGCUCUGAGAAUAUCAUAGCAGGUUUAGGUGUAACCACCUGGUCUGAUUUAGUCAGGCAUUCCAGGAAAAUGGUUCUUUUUAGAACUUGGUUUUUAAAGGGUUGGUUAACUACCUCAGUACAGAGGAUUAAACUACCCUGUCUGUACUGUAAAUAUGGAAAUGUAUUAGACAAAAGGAAGGCUUGUUCCAAAUAAAAUAUGCACAAGAGCAACAGCAGAACAGAUGAACUUAAUGUAAUAUAGUUUUUUUCUUUUUCUCUUUUUACUGUUGCUCUGACACACUGCGAACAGUCAAACUGGGCAUGUAAAAUAAAUAACUCAUAUAAUGAGUAUGUAUGAACAGGCCUUGCUUUUGUCCUAUUUCAACUGAAAUAGCUGCCUUGCUUUUUCAGAUAAUGUAGUUAUUGGUUGUAUGAUAGUUUAGCAAGGUGUUACUUUUGUAAAAGCUCUAGUAUCAGAAAUGAAAUAUCAAAUACUGCUUUUGAAAAGCUCUGCAGUGUCCCUUUUUCAGUGGAAGAUGACGUCUCCAUUUUUCUUUUUAAAGCGUUGCUUAAGUACACACAGUUAUGUUUUUAAGUUCAUAAUAUUUGAGUAUAUUGAACUAAUCAUGCUCAUCUCAUUUAAAUUGUAUUCUUUUCUUUUUUAUAUGCCACGUUGUUGAACUUAACACAUUUUAAUGAUCCACAAAUUGAAUUCACACCAUAGUGUUGAAAACGUGUGUGAAUUUAUAUAUCAGUAAAGGCAGAUAGUCACCCAGGUUAAAGGGAUACUGCAGAUUUGAUUGUUCCAUGUAUAACAGUGAGGAGACUGAACUGUUCCUUUUGGUUUUGUACACAGUUCUCUCCCUGUACAAUAAAUAUGUAUCAUUACAACUUCAAACCUUUAAAAAAAAAACAAAAAAAAAAACAAAAAAAAAAGUUUUAAAAUAUUGUUGGUGGCCAACAACCGUUUUUGCAUUCUGCAAAUAAAUUGUUUUAUACUGUAAGAUGGAGGUGAGUGUAACUUAUUUUUGUAAUAAAGUUUUUGAUUUUUGUA